GCAAAACCAAGAUGAGCACGCUUUAUGAAGACUACAUGAGCACCGGAGGGGACUGGAGCAAGGGAGUUGUGCUGAAACAGAUUAGAUCCAGCGAUCGCAAGGCUUCAAAAGGCUGCCGAAAAUGGCUUACACGCAAGCAAUUGCUGAAGCAUUUCGAAAAUGACAGGGAGCUCGUCGACGGCAUUAUCGUGCGCAAGGAGACAGACGAUGAGUUGCUAAAGACAGAAGUACGUGACCAUCCCGAAUGCCCUGGAGUCAAGCAGUACCUUGUGCUAGUGGAUGACGAAAUUGUCGAUGAGCAUGCAGUGGAGAUUUCGGAUAUGUUCGAGGUACAAGACAACGGGGACUCAAGCUCUGCAAAGAAGAAGAAGAAAAGCAAAAAAGAUAAGAAGAAUGACAAGAAGGACAAGAAGAAUUCCAAAGGCUCCAAAAAGGACAAGAAAGAGAAGAGCAAAGCAAAGAACAAGAAGAAGAAAAGCAAAGGAAAAAAGGGCAAGGACAACAAAGGAAAGGAGGAGGAUGAGAACAAGGAAAAGUCGCGCAAGAUUGCCUGUGAAGCGAGAAAGGUCCUUACAUAA